ACCCUAGCACCCGCCAUGUCCUCCUCCUCCCCGCUGCCCACCAAGCCGCCCCCGCCGCCGCGCCCCAAGACGCGGGGCAGCUACAACUGCGGCAGAUGCGGCCAGCCCAAGAAAGGCCACGUCUGCAACCUCCCCUCCCCCGCCCCCCCCCCCGCCUCCCCCUCCCCCUCCACCUCCUCCGGCCCCCCCGCCCUCCGCCGCGCCCUCUCCUUCGACGACACCACCCCCACCUCCCCGGAGAAGAAGCCCCGACCGGAUGACAACGAUGCCGACGACGACCCGAUGGACGAGGACGACGACGACGACGCCAUGGACCUCGGCGGCCGGGCCGUGCCCACCGAGGUCGUCGUCGAGGUGCUGCGGCGGCUCGGCCCCCGGGGCGUCCUCGAGGCCGCCGCCGUCAGCCGCGCCUGGCGGGACUGCGCCGCCCGCGUCUGGCGCGCCGCCGAGGAGCUCCGCCUCCGCCCCGCAGGCGGCGGCCUCGUCGCCGCGCUGCUCCCCCGCUGCACGGCCCUCUCGCGCCUCCUGCUCCACAUGCAAAGUGAUGUUGAUGCCACUAUGCUGUCAUGUCUUGCAUUUUCCUGCUCAAGUUUAGAAACUCUGGAGAUCACCAUGGCUGACAAGGCAGUCAACAGUAUGACUGGAGAGGAGCUAAGUCGACUUGUUUCAGAGAAGCACUCUCUCUCAUCUCUAAAAAUUGGUGGUUGCUCUAAUCUUGGUUUUAUCAAUCUAAGCUCUUCAAGCCUUGAGGUUCUUUGGCUAUCAGACCUUUGCUCCCUUUCAACAUCGGUCAUAAACUGCCCUAAUAUGAGUGAGCUUUCGCUGUGUUUCACGCAACAAAGUAAUGAUUGUACCGAUCUGGUUUCAUUGGUGGAUGGCUUGGGACAUUCAUGCCCCAACUUAAGAAAUUUGCACAUAUCAUCAGUUCAACUAUCUAAUGAAGCUGUGUCUGCUCUGGAGAACGCCAACCUCAGGGGCUUGUGCAUGCUAUCAUUGAUUCUAGGUUCAAAAGUAUCAGAUGCAGCUGUUGCAUCUAUUGUUCGAUCAUGCGCAAGCUUGGAUAUGCUUGAUUUAAGUGGAUCUAGCAUCAGUGAUAAUGGUGUUGGGAUGAUCUGCAAGGCGUACCCUCACACGUUAUCGAGGCUGCUCCUUGCUCUUUGCCCAAAUAUUACUACAAGUGGAAUCCAGGCCGCAACAGCACAAUUGCCACUUCUUCAGCUCAUGGACUGUGGAAUGAGCUUACGUUCUAACCUGCAGAACGAAAAACAGGGGGCAUAUUUUGGUGAAAUUAAUGGAAGGAUUAGAUUGUGCCCAAAAUUACCCACCUUAAAAAAGCAACCUAUGCGCCAAAAGCUUAUUAUAAAGCAUGAGAAUUUGAAGAAGCUUAGUCUGUGGGGCUGUUCAGCAAUAGAUGCUUUGUAUGUGAAAUGUCCAGAGUUGAAUGAUCUGAAUCUCAACUCCUGUACAAACCUACACCCAGAGCGGUUGCUACUACAAUGCCCAAAUUUGAAGAAUGUGCAUGUGUUUGGAUGUCAAGAUAUGUUGAUUGGUGCAAUCAGAAACCAGGUUCUGAAUGAGUUCGCUGCAGCUGAACCACAUCUUCCUUGCAAGCGGCUAGCAGAUGGUUCAAAGCGGGUUCAACUCUCAGAGUUCCCAGAAAAACAGUCACCGGAGGACAAAAGAGUGAUUGGAUUAAGGCGGGCAGGGUGCACCAUUCAUCUUGAUUCUUGAUUAAUAAUGACAUAACCAUAGCUAGAACUGAGCAUUGUGCAAUUCUGAUUUGUGAAUUUAUGCACUGGUGAAUAUUAUUUAUUUGCCUGUGUACCUCCAAACCCAUAAAUAUAUGUAUUUUGCGUGUUGUAUAAGCUGCUACCUGGAUUGGAAAUUGUAUCAAUUGGUUUUGGGUUUCCACCAGUGUACUCUGCCUGUCCUAGUAUGUAGCCAUAUUCUAUUUGUUCAUGUGACAAUAAAGGUCUGAAUCAUGUGGGCUGUUCUACUCGGCA